UCUUAUCUUGCUCAUCAUUUUUCAGCAGUUAAAGUUAACCUGCAUGAACAUUUGCAAAUAAACAACUUUAUUUUUACAAUAGAAAAACAGAUUCUCCGGAUUACAAUUAGUCCAAUGAUUUGAGUCAGGGAGAAAACCCAGAUGCUGGAUACAGGACAUAUGUAUAUAGUCAAAAGCCAUGGAAAUUCUUACAAGUGUCAAAUAGGAAGGGAAGGAUUGUAUGAGCAUUAGUCAUUGACAGAAAAGAGGGAAGUUGGACGAGAGACAAAGCCAAAGUUGCGGGUAGAACAAGAAGAGAGGGCCUGUUAACUAACUUGUCGUUUUGGAGAAUGUCACUGUGUCCAGAGCUUAGCUUCAAUGUGGACCAUGGGUACUUGGAGGGGCUGGUACGAGGACUGAAGGCCGGGAUACUGACUCGGUCCGACUAUCACAACCUGGCCCAAUGUGACACACUAGAGGACAUGAAGCUGCACCUGCAGAGUACAGACUACGGCAGCCUCCUGACCGCUGGGAACGAGGACCUGACCGUGUCUCUCAUUGACCACAGACUGAAGGAGAACAUUCUGACUGAGUUCCGCUGCCUACGCGCUCACUCCCUAGCGCCCCUCUCCACCUUCCUCGACUACAUCACCUACAGUUACAUGAUUGACAACGUGGUGAUGUUGAUCACCGGCGCCCUGAAGCAGAGGGACGUGGCAGAGCUUCUGCCACGGUGCCACCCACUGGGGAUCUUUGACCAGAUGGCAGCGGUUGGCAUUGCCCGCACACCUGCUGAGCUCUACUGUGCCAUCCUGGUGGACACACCUCUGGCUCUGUUCUUCCAGGAUGCUGUGUCUGAGGCCAACCUGGAUGAGAUGGGUGCUGAGAUCAUGAGAAACAAACUGUACAAGGCUUAUUUGGAGGCAUUCUAUAAAUUCUGCCAGGAGAGUGGAGGAGCCACAAAGAACAUCAUGUGUCCUAUCCUGGAGUUUGAGGCCGACCGGCGUGCGUUCAUCAUCACAGUGAACUCGUUCGGGACAGACCUGAGUGGGGGGGAGAGGAGCGCCCUGUACCCCUCCUGUGGGAGACUGUACCCCGAGGGGCUCCGUCUCUUGGCCAGGGCAGAGGACUACGAGCAGGUCAAAGCUGUGGCCGACUACUACCCUGACUAUAAACUCAUAUUUGAUGAACCUGAGGCAGGAUCCUCCAGAACCCUGGAGGACAGAUUCUUUGAGCGGGAGGUGCAGCUGAACACGCUGGCCUUUCUGGAGCAGUUCCAUUUGGGCGUGUUCUAUUCCUACAUCAAGCUGAAGGAGCAGGAGGCUCGCAACAUCGUCUGGAUCGCAGAGUGUGUCACACAGAGACAGAAGUCUAAGAUCAACAACUACAUCCCCAUCUUCUAAAGGACAAACACACUGUCUGUUGUAGCAGUUACACACCUUUUUUGUAGUAGUAGUAUUAUUAGCAACGGUUGUCAAAAUUGAUAAAAGGUUAAAAAAAAACUGUUCUGAUAAAUGUAACAGCUGCAUAGAUACUCAACUCUUUUUUUUAAUAAACAAAAGGCUUCAAAUAUUGACUGUAUUAUAGAACAAUUGUAUAAUGAGAGACAGAACAAUCUAUGGAAUUCAGACAUUUUGGUGGGACUUAAGGUAUAUGAUUGAAUGUCAAAUAUAUAAAAAUAAAAAUUCUCAAAUCAAAA